AUGAAACUGGCUGAUGACCUCAGUGCAACGGAGUCGGCUUCUUUCGAUCAAACAUGCCAAUUCAACCCUUCUCAACAGCCAAUUCAUUCCAAUGAUCGCGAUGCAGAUGUGAAGAAGAAAAUCGUGCUUUUCAACCUACCCGAACCAUUUGGUGAUGAUCAGAUGAAAGAACAAGCCGAUCGGAAUGCUUUUCUACAAGUUCUAUAUGCGAUCAACGCCGGAAGUUUGGCCGGAAAUAUUCGCGAGAUCAAACGAGAAGGACAAUUUGAACAAAAUGGAAGACCUCGUCGUGUAAUUGUGAUAUUCACCGAUGAAAAUGUGCAACGAAACGUUGUCGAAUGUGCCCGGCAACUCUCAAAGAUUCGUCAACUGAAACAUCUAGCGCUUUAUGCUUACAAAUCACCGGCACAACGAUCUGAACCACUUCCGAAACAACAAACGAAACGUCAAAACAACAAAGCACGGCCGACGAGAGCGGAUGGGUAUCAAGGUGGCACUUCUCGGAAGAUUCCCGAUCAAAAGUUUGAACAAAGAGGUCAUAAACAAGACGGAACACCUUCGAACGUGCAGUCCAAUGAUGUGACUCCAAAUCAUCAACAACAAAUCUUCAACAACUCUUUCGGAUUUCAACACAAUGGCGCUAUGCCAGGCAAGAGGCAACAAAAUGGAAUGAACGGCCAACACCAUGCAAAUCAACAAGCACCAUUUCUACCGCAAAUGUUCAACAAUGCUUUUGGUUUUGCACCAAAUUUUGCCCCGCCAGGAAAUCCUCAACCGGUUCCACCAAAGCCUUUCAACCCAACCGAUCCGCAAUUCCAAAUGAUGAUGGAAAUGUACGGAAUGUUUCUCAACUCUCAACAAGCACAACAAAGCAAUCCUUCCGUGCCGUCAAAUGUGCCAACAUCAGCAAAUGAGUUUUCUGAAGAAAAUGAUAUGACUUCUCAAUUUCCCCACGCUUCACCGGUGCCGAUGGAAACUGAUGACAUUGAGCUUGAAGCACCGACUUUGGCUGAGCAACAGGCAAAUUUUAAGCGAUUGAAUUUCCCGGAACAAAUGGAAGAAGUGGAUGCUUCCAAUGGAGUUCAAAGGAAAAACGGUUGCAAUCAACACUUCGAUACUCCACUCGCCAGAAAAUUUGACUCUGAUCAACGAAGCGCUGUCGAUUCGCUCAACGGACACCAAGGUGUGAAUUUGAUUCGUGAAGCCCAACUUAACGCCCACAAUAUCAACGCCCGUCUACAAGAUCUAUCACCCGAACAAGCGAAACUCUUCCUGAACACUUUAAGCAAGAAUUUGUGGAGAGAAGACAAACAAGAAGAUUUCUCGAAGGAACCAUUGGAGAAAGCUGUGGAUGACUUCAUUCUAUUGGAUCUUUCGGAUGAAAUUCCGCCAAUUGAAACAAAACAACCAAGUGAUUGCAAUUCAUCAAAUGAUCCACAAAACUUCAUGAAUCCACGAGAGAACACAAUCGGACCAAUUGUUGCUGAUAUCUACGAAGACAACAAUCCAAGAAAACUUUUUGGAACUUCUCAAAUCUCUCAAAAAAGCAACAUUGACCGGAAAUUUGAAGAUCAAGAUGUCGUCUCAGCUGCAAAACCGAAAUUCUCCUUCAUCUCCUCAAACACUUCAUUCCACGAGUGCCAAACAAAUGUACAACAACUUGUCAAGCAAUUUGAAAAAGCUCCGAAUUCUGAUUGGCCUCCAAGAUUGACCUAUGAUUUGAAGCCGACUCAAAUGAAAUUCCCGCCGGCUUUCGAAGCUCCAACUUACGAAGAUUCUCAACUUUCUGAAAAUUCAAGAUAUGGACAAAUUUCCAACUCAAAUCAAAAAUCUUACUAUACAACUAUUGAAACUGAGAGGGAAAAUGGAAAUGGAUCAGUUGCAAAGCCGAAAGAAGACUCCCUGAUGACCCCAAUUGGUUUGCGCUUGUCUGCUCAGCGAAGUUCAUCGAGAUUGUUGGAUCACGCUGCACGAGCUCGUCCGCACCACACCUCGGACACGCUGUCAAUCAAUGAGACUCGAACUUGGAUCUAUCAGUUAAUCGAUCCAAUUCUCAAAGCUUGUACAAUGAUUCAGAGAAAUUUGCUUGAUCUUGAUCAGCAGAAGGAAGAGCUGAUGCAAGCUGAGAACAAUGUUGAAGAAUUGAGGAGAUUGGCGACGAUUCGAGUGACUUCAAUGGAAAUCUUAACGCUAUCGAUGCCCCAAACCGUUUGUCGGAGUCAAAAAUGUGCAAGAUAUGAAAGGAUUGAUGGAAAAGAAGAGUUGAUCUACAGGGUUUGCCACAAAGAUUGCAAACUAAGCGAUAAUGAAAGACUUGACGAAUGUGCAGUCUUUGGUCGUAACCAGCUCUGCACUGAAUGCUCCUGUCACAUAAAUGAUCACGAACGAAUCUCGUACGAACAACGAAUGACCACAAAAUCUCUGGAAAACCCGCAAAAACUCGCCUCACAAGCGAAUGCGGCCGAGAUGAAGAAAAGCUCCAUUCGAAAAUUGCAGCGACUCAUCGAUGGAUAUCAAAAAGAAUCCAACUACAUUUUGUUCGCAAUGGCAACUUUUUCUGGGUUCCUUGCUUGGAAUGGGAUCACUCAGAAAACGAAUCUCUUUGAACAACACUUACAGAAACUGAUUGUGGCUGAAGAAAAGAAAAUGAAAAGCGUAGCUGGGGUGGAUGCGGAUGAAUUCAAUCAAUUGCUCGAACUCAGUGUGACUUAUGGAGAUAUUUGCAAACAAUUUGUUUAUCAACGAGACUCGGCAAAGAUCUCACUUGAUGCCCUGCAAGAAAUUCGACAAAAGUUGUUCUCUUUGCCGCUGAAUGGCGCAAUGAUUGCACAGAUUUUCGAUAUUCAUGUGAAAACCGAUCAUCAGGAUUAUGAGGCAACUGUGACACGCUGCGAGAAAUCGAUGUUUCAG